AUGACCACCUCUCACUCGCUUUCUCUUUCUCGUCUUGUCUGCAGCAAUCCCUUCAACACACUGCAAUCACCAGUCAACUCGGUUCUCCCUCCGUUGGUCUUGCCCAACCUUAAGUUCUUCUCCACAUCAUGGACGACACCCCCCCCCGACCCGGCGACCGCCCAGGGCCAGACGUCGAAUUCUCCAGCAUCAAGCUCCCCGGGUUCGACCCUCCCCGCACAGCUCCUCGUCCAACCGCAUCGCCAGCUCGCCCACGACGACUGCGACAUGGGCCACAGGAUGGAUGGUGACGGCGACGACGUCGACACGGAACAGAACAUGCCCGAGACGUUGCCAGAGGCCGACAUGGUGGCGUCCGAGCAGAGCCAUGACGACAUGACGAUGAGCGACGCCGGCGAUGCCUCGUCGGAAGCCGACGACGACGAGGACAUUGGCAACGACCCCCGCGCCCUGGACUCUAGCAAGUGGACCCGCAAGAUCAACCUUGCGCUGGCAAGGACCUUGCACUACUUCAGCGCGCAGAACGGAUACGUUCUGGCCCUCCUCUGUCAGCAAGCCGCCUUUGAAGCUUCGGGCAGAGAGUUCUCACUGGCGGAGAUUGCCGCGCACGCCAUCCCGCCGAGGCGUCGUUUGGCCCUGCUCAACUUUCUUCGAAGGACGGGAGUCCCCCUUGCCACUCCCUACCAUGAGAUAGUCCCUUGGCCUCCUUCUCCCACCCCGUCUCCCCGGUCAUCACGCGCGGCCCCCACCACAUGA